CACAUACAUGAACAAUCACAACACAUAGAAAUAAAGCAUUCCAAGCACCCAUAAGCCAUAACUAAUAAGGAAGUUGUUGGCUGCUGCUGUUCUGCUUCAAAUAAGAAGAUCCAUUCAACACAACCAACUAGGGAGGCAUGCUGCUGUUGUUCUCCUUCUGCAAGCUACUGUUCUACAAGCUACCAAUCUGCAGUUCCGAUGACCCCCUAGCGCUUUGCAACCUGCAAAAAUAUACUCCAUUAUCAACACAUUAAAGGGGAAAGCAAGACAGAAAAAUUCAGAAAAUGCCACUCAAAAUACAAGCAGUCAAGCACCAAGGAAAAAUAUAUCAGAAUAAAGAUGUUCAGUCUAGUUGAUCCUUGUGGGGGCAAGAACAAAGCUCUCGUAAGUCAUUUGUCCCAACGACAACAUUAAAUUAGGCUUGCUGGAUGGCAGUUCCGUUUACAAAGAGAGCUUGGUAUGCAAAUUAGGGGUGGCAGUUCGGUUUCCGAUUAGCGGCUAACCGACCGGUUCAACCAAUAACCGCCGGUUAGUAGCUAACCGAAAACCGACGGUUAUUUGCCUCGAUCGGUGUUCGGUAGAAUAAAGCUGGUUUUCAGCUAGCCGAGUAACCGAGGAUGAUUAACCGCGGUUACCCGACUAACCGAACAUAACCGACCAGCCAUCCUUUUAAUAAAAGCCCAACCCUAAUUCUUUCUUCUUCGUACUCAAAUCCCAACCCUCCGCCAUCCAAAUCCCAGCCCAGCUCUGCCAUUACCUUCGCCCUCCGCCAUCCAAACCCCAGUCACCCUCCCCGAUGACUCCGUCUCCCCUCCCCGCCCUCCUCGACGACCGGGCACCGCGAGCCAUAGUCAGAGAUAGCAUCGUUUCUCCUCGCCGAUUCCUCUCCGACAUCGCCAUCUCUCAUCCCCGACGACCCCAGGCAUCCGCGCGUCUCCCAUCGCCAUCCCUUCCCUCUCCAUUUUCACCUUUCCCUGCGCUGGGGAUGUCUCCCUUCGCUCUCCUUCGUGGCCGGCGGCGUGCCUCUGCUUCUCCUCCGUGACCGGCCGCCGUGGUGACUAAAUCUGCAAUGAAGGAAGGAAGGAGAGAGAAGGAAGGAGUGAUCGGGUGUUGUGGCUUGUGGGUUUGAAAUGGAGGAAGGAGAGAGAAGGAAGAAAAGGGCUAAUCUCUGCCCUCUGGUGGUUCUUUUUGGAGGAAGUCAGGAGAGAGAAGGAGGAAGAAGAUAAGAAUUUAGUGGUAGGGAGAGGAGAGAAGAAGAAGAGGUGGGUGGGGUGGGUAUUGGGUUUAAUCUUAUCUGACAAGAGAGUAGAGAAGUAACGUGGGUGGGGUGGGUAUUGGGUUUUUUUCUUCCUUUCCUUUUUUUUAAUAAAUUCGGUUGUAGUGUGAUAAGCCGUUAAUUGCACAUGUUUUUAACCCUAUUCUGGAGCCGUUUGAGAUGGUAAUUCUCGUGUUUUAGGCCGAUUUCACGCUAGGUUGUGUUUGUUUGUGAUAUUUCAGGUCCUAGCAAAUGAAUGAAGGUUUAGGAGCGAGUUCGGGGUCGAUUGGACGAAGAUCGGGCGCGAGGCAAGUCAAAAAGGAAGCCACACGGGCACACCCACAACUCACACGACCGUGCAAGUGACCACUUUGGCCGUGUGGGAUUGUGCGAGCCUUCACACGGCCAGCCCUGAAAGCCACACGACCGUGUGAAGUUGCACUUUGGCCUGUGGAAUUCUGCGAGGCUUCACACGGCCAGGCUGGGUGAGCUACACGGCCGUGUGACCCUGGCCGUGUAGGAAGCCUGAAAUCCAAUUACUCGGAACGCGACAUUUUGACCUCACACGGGCAACUGGGUAUGCCACACGGCCGUGUGAGCCUGCCCGUGUGAGUCGGGAAUUUCUGGUUUUUACCCAAUUUCGGGCUGCAAGUGAGAGAAUCGAGUUUUGAGAGCAAAAACAGAGCCCUAGAGAGAGAAAGUACGAAGAACACAUCCUAGAAGCCAUCUUGGAGCUGGGUUUCAUCAAAUCAAGCUUGGAGAUCGUCAUAGGAGUGGAAAUCAUCAUCCCAGAGCAGAUUCUUCCCAUAGUUAUGAGUAUGACUGCUUUGUAUUCUGUUUUCCUCUCUCUCUCUAUGGAGUAGAACCCUUCUCUCACUUGGGUAUGAAGAACCCUAGUUCUAUGUGUUAGGGGUUUGAUUGUAAUGACUUGGGAUGAUAUUACUGUUUGGUUUUAAUCGAAUGAUGCAUGUUUAUUGAGUCAAUUGAAGUCUGAUCAGCUUUUCCUGAUUUCUGCUGCAACCUGAGAUAGAUAGAAUCUGAUUAGGUUGUUAGAGCCUCAUCAUUCGGUAGUAGGAGAUUGGCUAUACGAGAGUUAGCCAGUUUACUGCUUUGUACUGGAAUCCAAUUCCAGUAGUGGAGUUCUGUGCUUAUUGCUUCAGCUUUCUAUCCCGGUGAAGACUAGUCGUCUGCCGGGUAGUUAGACUGAGAGGGCUUGGUCAGCUUAAGAGAUUCCAAGAUACUGUCGGAUCUUCCGCAGUCUAAUCAACAGUAAAUCAACCCAGGGAAAUUACAAUUGAAACCUAACUAAGGAGCUAGGGGGACUCAUUCUCGAGUGACUCUUCUUUGCUUGAGAAAACCGUACCAAUUCCUGCUUUCUUUCUGCUUUUGCUUAAACAACAAUCACUUAACUUAGUUGGCUAUAUAAUAGAUACUCACGGAGUAAGCAGUAGAUCUAGACCCCGGGUUGAUAAUAGAACUUGCCAUUUUACUGCAUUCCCAGAAUGCGAUUAUACUUGGUCGCAGUUUGGCGUUGUGUUUUGGUGUGUCAUAGUGGUAUAACCGAACCAGAAUCGAAAACCGGUCGGUGGUCGGCAGACAUGGGGGAAGGUUCGGUUUAACCGAAACCGAUAAUUUGGUUUUCGGUUUAACCGAAACCAACCGACUGCCACCCCUAAAUUGCAAAUUAAUAAGACCCCACAUUUUCG